CAAGGAAUGCCAAGACGGCAGCCGGCCUGCUGCCGUAUAAACACACCACCGCCAUGCCGUUCUUCUCAGACGACCCCGUCGUCCUGCGCCCCUCCCUCGCCUCCUUCAAGCAGGCCGUCCAAGGGCAUGGCGGCGGCCUGGAAGGUGGUGAGAGGCGACGCCUCCGGGAGGCUCCUCCCGGUCAUCUCCUUCUUCCUCGGCGCGGCGCUGACGGCGGCGUUCGUCUUCCUCGGCGCAACCACGGACGUGAGCUGGCGCUUCGCCGCGUGGGGCAGCGGCGCUCGACCAGGGGCCGGAGACGAGGCGAAGUCGUUCGCGGAGCUGGCUGAGGUGCUGAAGAACGCGUCCAUGGAGGACAAGACGGUGAUCGUGACGUCCAUCAACCAGGCGUACGCGGCGCCGGGCUCCCUGCUGGACCUCUUCCUCGAUAGCUUCCGCGCCGGCGAGGGCACGGCGGGGCUGCUGGACCACCUGCUCAUCGUGGCCGUGGACCCGGCCGCGCUCGAGACGUGCCGGUCGGUGCACCGCCACUGCUACCUCCUCCGUCCGGCGGCCGGCGCGGCCGACGCCGACCUCGGCGCCGCCAAGUUCUUCAUGACCAAGGACUACCUGGACAUGAUGUGGGCCAGGAACCGGCUGCAGCAGACCAUCCUGGAGCUGGGCUUCAGCUUCCUCUUCACGGACGUGGACAUCCUGUGGUUCCGGAACCCGAUGCGCCACAUCGCCGUCACGUCCGACGUCGCCAUCGCCUGCGACUACUUCAACGGCGACCCGGACAGCCUGAGCAACCGCCCCAACGGCGGCUUCCUGUACGUAAGGUCCGCGCGCCGGACGGUGGAGUUCUACCGCGGGUGGCGGGAGGCGCGCGCCGGCUUCCCGCCCGGGACCAACGAGCAGGACGUCCUGGCGCGGGUGCAGCUCCCGCUCGCCCGCCGCCUCGGCGUGCGCAUGCAGUUCCUCGACACGGCGCGCUGCGGCGGCUUCUGCCAGCUCAGCGACGACCUGCGCGGCUUGUCCACCAUGCACGCCAACUGCUGCACUGGGCUAGAGAACAAGGUGCACGACCUCAGGAACGUGCUCCAGGACUGGCGGAACUACACGGCGGCGCCGAUGGAGGUCCAAAGCCGCGGAGGGUUCGGCUGGACCGAAUUUUUUGUAUUUUAGCCAUUUUUCGGAAAAAAAUUCACGUUUAGAUCUUAAAAAAUUUUAAUGUCA